UAUUGGAAGGUUGAGAGUGCCGGUUAGUUCCACCUACUGUUCGUUUAAGUCGCCACCACUGGUCCUGGUCUCCUCAGCAUCAGCCAGGCACGAGCCAGUGUCCUUCCAGAGCUGCCUGGAUGCUUCCGGACUCGGGAGACGGAGCCGUUUCCGCCGCCAUUGCGGAUUUUGGACGGAAGAAGAGCCACUGCUAUCACUCGGUGCAGUGCAGAAGAUAAACCGAGGAGGUGGAGACGUACCACAUUGAUGCUGAUACCCGUCUCAGGGAACGCGUUGAACAGCGCAGCUCGGGAUAAUUCGGCGCGUUUUUCACCAGGUUGCUCCGACCUACAGGAAGCGCGAGGAGGUCGAAGCUAUCGCGCUGCUAGUGGCCAGCUAGCCUAGCCUAGCCUAGCCGUACGGCUGAUCUUCCCGGGAUCCGGUCAAGACCGAGGGGUAUCCACCAUGGCGCAAAUUCUGCCUAUCCGGUUUCAGGAGCACCUGCAGCUCCAGAACCUGGGGAUUAAUCCUGCCAAUAUUGGAUUCAGCACUCUGACCAUGGAGUCUGAUAAAUUCAUCUGUAUACGGGAGAAGGUUGGUGAGCAGGCCCAGGUGGUAAUCAUCGAUAUGGCCGACCCCAACAACCCCAUCCGCAGGCCCAUCUCUGCUGACAGCGCCAUCAUGAACCCAGCCAGUAAAGUGAUUGCCCUCAAAGCUGCCAAAACGCUCCAGAUCUUCAACAUCGAGAUGAAGAGCAAGAUGAAGGCUCACACGAUGACGGAUGAUGUGACCUUCUGGAAGUGGAUCUCCCUCAACACGGUUGCCCUGGUCACAGACAAUGCAGUGUAUCACUGGAGCAUGGAAGGCGACUCCCAGCCAAUCAAAGUCUUUGACCGCCAUUCCAGCUUGGCUGGCUGCCAGAUCAUCAACUACCGCACUGAUGCCAAACAGAAGUGGCUGCUGCUCAUUGGCAUCUCGGCGCAGCAAAACCGCGUUGUGGGAGCCAUGCAGUUGUACUCAGUGGACAGAAAGGUGUCCCAGCCCAUCGAGGGUCAUGCUGCUGGCUUUGCACAGUUCAAGAUGGAGGACAACACAGAAGAAUCCACCCUCUUCUGCUUUGCUGUGCGAGGACAAGCAGGAGGGAAACUGCAUAUUAUUGAAGUGGGAACGCCACCGACGGGCAACCAGCCCUUCCCAAAGAAGGCAGUAGAUGUUUUCUUCCCUCCGGAAGCUCAGAACGACUUUCCUGUUGCUAUGCAGAUCAGUUCUAAGCAAGAUGUGGUCUUCCUCAUCACAAAAUAUGGGUACAUCCACCUGUAUGACUUGGAAACUGGCACCUGUAUCUACAUGAAUAGGAUCAGUGGCGAGACCAUCUUUGUCACUGCCCCCCAUGAGCCAACUGCUGGGAUCAUAGGAGUCAAUAGGAAAGGACAGGUUCUUUCCGUGUGUGUGGAGGAGGAGAACAUCAUUCCCUACAUCACCAAUGUGCUCCAGAAUCCUGACCUUGCUCUGCGAAUGGCAGUCCGCAACAACCUUGCUGGUGCCGAAGAGCUAUUUGCCCGCAAAUUCAACACCCUUUUUGCAGCAGGCAACUAUUCAGAAGCUGCCAAGGUGGCAGCCAACGCACCCAAGGGCAUCCUUCGAACUCCAGACACAAUACGAAGAUUUCAGAGUGUUCCAGCUCAACCAGGCCAGAGGUCUCCACUGCUCCAGUACUUCGGCAUAUUAUUGGAUCAAGGCCAGCUUAAUAAGUUCGAGUCUCUGGAGCUGUGCAGACCUGUUCUUCAGCAGGGCCGCAAACAGCUGCUGGAGAAAUGGCUGAAGGAAGACAAGCUGGAGUGCUCUGAAGAGCUCGGAGAUUUGGUGAAGUCUGUCGACCCCACACUCGCCCUCAGUGUCUACCUCCGAGCUAAUGUCCCCAACAAGGUCAUCCAGUGUUUUGCAGAAACUGGCCAGUUCCAAAAGAUUGUACUGUACGCAAAGAAGGUGGGUUACACUCCAGAUUGGAUUUUUCUGCUGAGAAAUGUAAUGCGGAUCAGCCCAGAACAAGGUCUGCAGUUCUCUCAAAUGUUGGUUCAAGAUGAGGAGCCACUUGCUGACAUCACACAGAUUGUUGACGUCUUCAUGGAGUACAACUUAAUCCAGCAGUGCACAUCAUUCCUCCUCGAUGCUCUGAAAAACAACCGGCCCAUGGAAGGACCACUGCAGACCCGACUACUGGAGAUGAAUUUAGUUCAUGCGCCACAGGUUGCGGAUGCCAUCCUGGGAAACCAGAUGUUCACCCACUAUGAUCGUGCACAUGUAGCGCAGCUCUGUGAGAAAGCAGGUCUCCUGCAGAGAGCGCUGGAACACUACACUGACCUUUAUGACAUCAAACGUGCAGUGGUGCACACACAUCUUCUCAACCCAGAGUGGUUGGUGAAUUUCUUUGGCUCCUUGUCAGUGGAGGACUCUCUUGAGUGUCUUCGAGCAAUGCUCUCUGCCAACAUCCGCCAGAACUUGCAAAUCUGUGUCCAAGUCGCCUCCAAGUACCACGAACAACUCACCACCCAAUCCCUCACCGAGCUCUUCGAGUCUUUCAAGAGCUUUGAAGGCCUGUUUUACUUUUUGGGUUCCAUUGUGAACUUCAGCCAGGACCCAGAGGUUCACUUCAAAUAUAUACAGGCUGCAUGCAAGACAGGUCAAAUCAAAGAGGUGGAAAGAAUCUGCCGAGAGAGUAACUGCUACGAUCCAGAGCGUGUGAAGAACUUCCUCAAGGAAGCUAAACUGACAGACCAGCUGCCUCUGAUUAUUGUGUGUGAUCGGUUUGAUUUCGUCCACGAUCUGGUGCUCUACUUGUAUCGCAACAGUCUGCAGAAGUACAUUGAGAUCUAUGUUCAGAAGGUGAACCCCAGUCGCCUGCCAGUCGUCAUCGGAGGUCUGCUUGAUGUGGAUUGUGCUGAGGAUGUGAUCAAAAACCUGAUCAUGGUAGUGAGGGGACAGUUCUCUACAGAUGAGUUGGUCGCUGAAGUGGAGAAAAGAAAUAGAUUGAAGCUUCUGCUGCCGUGGCUAGAGGCGCGCAUUCAUGAGGGCUGUGAAGAACCUGCAACUCACAACGCCUUGGCCAAGAUCUACAUUGACAGCAACAACAAUCCUGAGCGCUUCUUGAGGGAGAACCCGUUUUACGACAGCCGUGUGGUGGGAAAGUACUGCGAGAAGAGGGACCCUCACCUUGCCUGUGUGGCCUACGAGAGAGGGCAGUGUGACCAGGAACUUAUUAAUGUGUGCAAUGAGAACUCACUGUUCAAGAGUCUGUCCCGCUACCUUGUACGCCGCAAGAAUCCAGAGCUGUGGGCCAGUGUUCUGCUGGAGACCAACAACUACAGAAGACCCCUUAUUGACCAGGUUGUUCAGACGGCUUUGACUGAGACACAAGAUCCUGAGGAGGUUUCUGUCACAGUCAAGGCCUUCAUGACUGCAGACCUUCCCAAUGAGCUCAUCGAGCUUCUGGAGAAGAUUGUCCUGGAUAAUUCGGUCUUCAGUGAACACAGAAACCUCCAGAAUCUCCUCAUCCUGACAGCAAUUAAAGCAGAUCGAACACGAGUCAUGGAGUACAUUAACCGCCUGGACAACUACGAUGCCCCGGACAUUGCAAACAUUGCCAUUAGCAAUGAGCUGUUUGAGGAAGCCUUUGCUAUUUUUAGGAAAUUUGAUGUCAACACCUCUGCAGUGCAGGUUCUAAUCGAACACAUUGGAAACCUGGACAGAGCUUAUGAGUUCGCUGAGCGCUGCAAUGAACCUCCAGUUUGGAGUCAGCUGGCGAAGGCUCAGCUCCAAAAAGGUUUAGUGAAAGAAGCGAUUGACUCUUACAUCAAGGCCGAUGACCCCUCUGCUUACAUGGAGGUGGGACAGGCGGCAGCUCAGAGUGGGAACUGGGAGGACCUGGUGAAAUUCUUGCAGAUGGCACGCAAAAAGGCCAGAGAGUCUUAUGUGGAGACUGAGUUGAUCUUUGCUCUGGCCAAGACCAACCGCCUCGCUGAGCUGGAAGAGUUCAUCAAUGGACCCAAUAAUGCUCAUAUUCAGCAAGUUGGUGAUCGUUGCUAUGACGACAAGAUGUAUGACGCUGCCAAGCUGCUUUACAACAAUGUGUCCAACUUCGGUCGCCUGGCCUCCACUUUAGUUCACCUGGGUGAAUACCAGGCUGCUGUCGAUGGAGCCCGGAAAGCAAACAGCACUCGCACAUGGAAGGAGGUGUGUUUUGCGUGUGUGGACGGGAAAGAGUUCCGACUGGCCCAAAUGUGUGGUCUGCAUAUUGUUGUACAUGCAGAUGAACUGGAGGAGCUCAUCAACUAUUAUCAGGACCGUGGUUACUUUGAAGAACUGAUCACAAUGCUGGAGGCUGCGCUCGGACUGGAGCGCGCUCACAUGGGGAUGUUCACAGAGUUGGCCAUUCUGUACUCCAAAUUCAAACCCCAGAAGAUGAGAGAGCACCUAGAGCUCUUCUGGUCCCGCGUCAACAUUCCCAAGGUUCUCAGGGCAGCAGAGCAGGCCCACUUGUGGGCAGAGUUGGUGUUUCUCUACGACAAGUAUGAGGAAUAUGACAACGCCAUCAUCACCAUGAUGAGCCAUCCUGCCGAUGCCUGGAAGGAGGGCCAGUUUAAAGACAUCGUCACAAAGGUGGCAAACGUGGAGCUGUAUUACAAAGCUAUCCAGUUUUACCUGGAGUUCAAACCACUGUUGCUGAAUGACCUUCUCAUCGUCCUCUCGCCCAGACUGGAUCACACGCGUGCCGUCAACUUCUUCAGCAAGGUGAAACAGCUCCCCCUGGUGAAACCAUACCUCCGCUCCGUCCAGAAUCACAACAACAAGUCUGUCAACGAAGCGCUCAACAACCUCUUCAUCGUUGAGGAAGACUUUGCGGCUUUAAGAACGUCCAUUGAUGCAUACGACAAUUUUGACAACAUUUCGUUAGCUCAAGGGCUGGAGAAGCACGACUUGAUCGAGUUCAGGAGGAUCGCAGCGUAUCUUUUCAAGGGCAACAACCGCUGGAAACAGAGUGUGGAGCUGUGUAAGAAGGACAAGCUCUAUAAGGAUGCCAUGCAGUACGCCUCAGAGUCGAAAGACACGGAGCUGGCGGAGGAGCUCCUUGCUUGGUUCUUGAAUGAAGACAAGAAGGAGUGUUUUGCUGCGUGCCUCUUCACUUGCUACGAUCUGCUGCGGCCAGAUGUCGUGAUGGAGACCGCCUGGCGGCACAACCUCAUGGACUUCUCCAUGCCGUACUUCAUCCAGGUCAUGAGAGAGUACCUGUCUAAGGUUGAUGCGAUUAAGGAAAAGGUGGACAAGCUUGAAGCCUCCGAGUCCCUGAGGAAACAGGAGGAGCAGGCCACCGAGUCGCAGCCCAUCGUCUACGGAACCCCCCAGCUCAUGCUCACCGCAGGCCCUAACGUGGCAGUGCCCCCCCAGCAGGCCUACGGCUACGGCUACACAGCAGCCCCCGGGUUCCCCCAGCAGCCGCAGCCCGGCUUCGGCUACGGCAUGUGAUCGAGCCCCGUCUCCCCCAGCUCCUCACCUGCAGCCGCAGCCCGCGCUGCUUCUCAUUCCUGUUUUUUUAUUCCGUCGUCCUGUCACAAGAGCAAAUAUUUAAAAGUGUCCAAGGACUAUUGUUUGUUGUUUCUUUGCUCAACAUUCCAUAUUUAUAAUGACUUGUUUAGAAUGUUUCCUCCACAUCUUUUAUUUCAUUUUAUUUUUUUAAUGGCUUGGACGGGAGUGGCGAGCCUCUGGAGCUGCUGCUGCUGCUGCUGCUGGAGCGUUGGACUCUGCACUGGUGAAGGAAGAAGUCACGUGGAGAAGCUCCUGUUGUGACGUCGUCCCAUCCGUCUGUAAAACUCGUGCUUGUACAUUGUGAGGAGGGAAGAGGCGGCGUGUGAUAGCUGAACAAAUGCUGCCCCUUCCAUGGCCAUAGCUAGUACCACUCCGUCAUGGUAGUAUAUCCCGCACAGGCCUGUAGCUUGAUGGAGUUCUGACACACACGGGCCGCUGUGUGAGUGUGUGACCCUGGGCAGCUGCUCCUCCCUGUGUUCCAGUGACCUCUCGUGCUGUGGACAGUGCUUGUGUGAGACUGUGUCUGUGUAUGUGACAGGCAGGAGUCCGGGACUCUCUCUCCUCUCCAGCCUCUUCGUGCUGAGGUCUGUGUGUGUGUGACAGGUGUCGUGCCGUUUCCCUCGCUCACCGUUACGUUGUACAGAUGUGAAAGUUGCUCGAUGAAAAAAAAAAAACCUAUUUGAUGGAGAAGCCACACCCCUUCCCCCCGCCCCACCCCCCUCCUCCGCUGACCGGGACAGCGGGAGGGUGUGAGGGCCGGGCACCACACUCCUCUAGGCUCCGUGUGACUGUAGGUCUCCUCACGUCCCGUUUUCUGUGGCGAGGUCCCAAAUAAAAGUAUUUACCUUGAUGUACUUGACUCCCCGCCCCCCACUCCAACUUAAAAGCUGUGUGUGUUGCGUGUCACCUGACCCUGCCAUCACUUCUUUUCUGUUGUCAUGCAUAUGAAUAAAUACAGAGGGUCUGUCAACGAUAAGUGGAGAAUACGACGUAACAGAAAGGGAAGUACUAGCCCAAAUAAACACUACCAACUGAACUGAGGACGGCGUGGAGUCUUUAUUGU